AUGGCGGUAGCAGCGGUGGCGGUGGAUUUGGAGGUAAUGGAGCGAAGCCGGCAACUCAACGAAGGACGACUCAAAGCAGUAUUAAUAGUUGGUCGACGUCGAUCGUGCUUCACUUGGAGUACUGACUCCUGUUGCAGUGGAAGACGAACUCGCAGAAGAGAUGGCAGUGCAACGUCCGCUGGUGAUGUUGGCGGCGAUGAUGGCCGUGAUGGAGGCGGUGGAUUUGGCGGAGGAAGCGGCGGCGGCAGCGGUGGAUAUGGCGGUAGCAGCGGUGGCGGUGGAUUUGGAGGUAAUGGAGGCGGUGGAUUUGGCGGAGGUGGAUUUGGCGAGGAAGCGGCGGCGGCAGCAGCGGAGGAUAUGGCGGAGGCAGCGGAGGCGGAGGCGGUGGCAGUGUAG